AUGAGCAGUACAAUCGAAAUACUGCCCAGCGCCUUUUGUUUCAGUUGGAUUACACUCCCGGCAGAAUUUAUCGCGCAACAGGGCUCUCACAACGCUCUACAUGGUACUCGGUGUAUAUGUUACAGUGGAGAGGCGAUCGACUCCCAAAAGUUCACAAUCAGACGCCAAUCUCGUCCAUCAUUCGAAUUGCCCAACCCAAACGCACCUGCAGCACACAUUCUCCCAUUUACCGGGAAAGCCGAUUCCUCCAAAAGCGCAGUGUACCUGCAUUUACUCCGCAAAGGAAACCAUGUCAACAGGGUACACGGCCUCAAGCCAGUGACACCCGUUGCCGGAGAUCAAGGCUUCGUCACAGAUCUUGAGUUUGGCACGCAAUUAUUCCAAACACAAGUCGACACCGAAAGCUCCGAGAAACGGCUGGUUGGCCAAGGCUUCGAAUGCGCCGACGACUCGACUGGAGCUCACGAUAAAAAAUGCAUGUUUGGACCCACCUACACCGUCUCGUCCACAUUUAAACACACUCCAAAUGAGCAUUUUCAGGCGGUCUACGGGGAUGGCAGCAUCGUCACGGAGAUCGUUGGCAACGAACUAGCGACCAUUGAUGGAUUAACGGUCCAGGACCUGGAGCAACUUCAGUACAACACUUUCUUCACAAAGAUGUACACCAGUGGCUACAUCAUGCCGCUCUUCAGCUUAACCACUCAAAAGUCCGCAAGUACAAACGGAACUGCAGGAGGUGGGCUUCUCGCAAUCGGCGGGCUUCCACCUGUGCCUUUCCGUUCCCUCUUCGCUAGUUCGCCAUUUCAAUUGCUGUCCAUAAACAUCGCCAUCGUGCCAGCAGCAGAAUUCCAGCAUGCAGAGCCGGAUCUCGCGUAUACUUUAUACACUAUCACCAUCAACGGUCUCACAUAUGAACGAAGCAACGAACCGAAAACCUCCCCACUGGAGUCACGAACGCAGUGA